AUGGCCUCGCUGAGGCGCAACAACGCCACACGCGGCACUAUCGACACAUCACGGCCCAUCGGCGAGGGCGCCUUCCGGGUUGUGUACAAGGGCCAUUACACAAAGGGAGAGCGCGAGGGUCAGCCACUCGUUGCAAAAUGGUUCAAGACAGGCGUUGUCUUUGAGAGUCGAUUUUACUCUGAGGACAUCAGAGCCGUGGACAAGGCACAGGUGUGGACGUUCGUCGAGAGCAGCGAGCGGGCGGGGCAGAAACACCUGGUGGAGCCCUACAUUGAGGAUUUUUGCAAGUUCAACUCCAACACUGGUGUUGUGUUUGAUCAGCAUGAUGCCUGGUCACAAGCCAUGCAGGCCCUGAGCCACUACUCCUACCACGCCAGCGGCGGCAGCUACGUGCUCUGCGACCUGCAGGGCGGCAUGACGGACGAGGGCAUGACGCUGACCGACCCGGUCAUCCUGUCGCGCAGCGGCACCCGUGCGUAUGGCGCGACAGACCUCAGUCUCGACGGCAUCAGCACCUUUUUCGCGCGUCACAGGUGCACCAAGUUCUGCCAGUCGCACUGGCAGCAGCCGCGCCACCAGGCCAUCUACUUCCCGGCGGCGCGGGGCACGACAUUCAUGUGA